GCCCGCCUUCCACCCACGCCCAUUGGUUGUGGCCUUGCGGGUGCCCGGAGACCGGAGUGCAGCGGGGUUGGCUGUAGAGGUUUGUGACAGCGGUACCUAUUGGCUGGGCCGGCCUCCUUGACACGGGGUGGUGACUGGCUCCUGGGUCUGAGGGGCUCCUGCUUGUCAGGUUCUAGCUCAUUUUUUCUGGCUAGACCUAUGACUAUUCCUGUGAGACCUCACUGCACGUUUUCUCAAGGGUGUUCCUCAUCCCUAAUGUGUAGUAUUGCAACAUGGACCUGCUACUUUAGCUAAGAUACGACCAGCAUGAAUAGUAGUAAGAUAUGUGCUGAUUAGAAGGCUCAUUUGUGCAUUGUGGAGGAUAAGACAGUGCCUUACAAAAAUGGGGUUUGGGAGUGACCUGAAGAAUUCACAUGAAGCUGUGUUAAAAUUGCAAGACUGGGAAUUACGGUUACUGGAAACAGUGAAGAAAUUUAUGGCCCUGAGAAUAAAAAGUGAUAAAGAAUAUGCAUCUACUUUACAGAACCUUUGUAAUCAAGUUGAUAAGGAAAGUACUAUCCAAAUGAAUUAUGUCAGCAAUGUAUCCAAGUCUUGGCUGCUUAUGAUUCAGCAGACAGAACAACUUAGUAGGAUAAUGAAGACACAUGCAGAGGAUCUAAACUCGGGACCCUUACACAGGCUUACCAUGAUGAUCAAGGAUAAGCAGCAGGUGAAGAAAAGUUACAUUGGUGUUCACCAGCAGAUAGAGGCAGAGAUGAUCAAGGUUACAAGGACAGAAUUGGAGAAAUUAAAAUCCAGCUAUAGACAGUUAAUAAAAGAAAUGAAUUCUGCCAAAGAGAAAUAUAAAGAAGCUUUAGCUAAAGGGAAAGAAACUGAGAAGGCCAAGGAACGCUAUGACAAAGCCACAAUGAAGCUUCAUAUAUUGCAUAAUCAGUAUGUAUUGGCAUUGAAAGGGGCACAGCUUCAUCAGAAUCAGUAUUAUGAUACCACGCUUCCUCUGCUCCUGGACUCCUUACAGAAGAUGCAAGAAGAAAUGAUAAAGGCACUGAAAGGUAUAUUUGAUGAAUACAGCCAGAUAACCAGUCUUGUUACAGAGGAAAUAGUGAAUGUCCAUAAAGAGAUUCAGUUGUCAGUUGAACAGAUAGAUCCUAGCACAGAAUACAACAAUUUCAUAGAUGUUCACAGAACAACAACUGCUAAAGAACAAGAAAUUGAAUUUGAUACUUCCUUACUGGAAGAAAAUGAAAACCUUCAAGCAAAUGAAAUCAUGUGGAAUAAUUUAACAGCAGAAAGUUUACAAGUAAUGUUAAAAACUUUAGCAGAAGAACUUAUCCAGACACAGCAGAUGCUUUUAAACAAAGAGGAAGCUGUACUGGAACUAGAGAAGAGAAUUGAAGAAUCUUCUACAGCCUAUGAAAAAAAGUCUGAUAUUGUGCUUCUGCUGAGCCAAAAGCAGACACUUGAAGAGCUGAAACAGUCAGUUCAGCAGCUGAGAUGCAGUGAGGCCAAGUUUGCAGCACAGAAAGGACUCCUAGAGCAAAAAGUGCAAGAAAAUGAUGGGAAAGAGCCACCUCCAGUAGUAAAUUAUGAAGAAGAUGCACGAUCAGUUACAUCUAUGGAAAGAAAGGAGAAGUUAUCCAAAUUUGAGUCUCUUCGUCAUUCAAUUGCUGGAAUAAUUAGGUCUCCAAAAUCUGCACUGGGCUCUUCAGCAUUCUGUGAUGUGAUCUCCUUAAGUGAGAAGCCUCUGGCAGAACAGGACUGGUACCAUGGUGCAAUUCCCAGAAUAGAAGCUCAAGAUCUGUUAAAACAACAAGGAGACUUCUUGGUGCGAGAGAGUCAUGGGAAACCUGGUGAAUAUGUCCUUUCUGUAUAUUCUGAUGGACAAAGGAGACACUUUAUCAUACAAUUUGCUGAUAAUCUCUAUCGGUUUGAAGGCACUGGAUUUUCAAACAUUCCUCAACUUAUAGAUCAUCACUAUACAACCAAACAGGUUAUCACUAAGAAGUCAGGUGUCGUUCUGCUGAAUCCUAUUGCUAAGGAUAAGAAAUGGAUUCUCAAUCAUGAAGAUGUCACAUUGGGAGAAUUACUGGGCAAGGGAAAUUUUGGUGAAGUAUAUAAGGGCACAUUAAAGGAUAAAGCUGCUGUUGCUGUUAAAACAUGUAAAGAAGAUCUUCCUCAGGAAUUGAAAAUAAAAUUUUUACAAGAAGCCAAAAUUCUCAAGCAAUAUGAUCAUCCCAAUAUUGUCAAACUUAUAGGAGUCUGCACACAAAGACAGCCUAUCUACAUCAUUAUGGAACUGAUUCCAGGAGGUGAUUUCCUCUCCUUUCUGAGAAAGAAGAAGGAUGAACUAAAACUCAAACAGUUAGUGAAAUUUUCAUUAGAUGCUGCUUCUGGUAUGGCAUAUCUUGAGAGUAAAAAUUGUAUACACAGGGACCUUGCUGCAAGAAACUGCCUGGUAGCAGAAAAUAAUGUUCUGAAAAUCAGUGACUUUGGAAUGUCUCGUCAAGAGGAUGGUGGAGUGUAUUCAUCUUCUGGCUUAAAGCAGAUUCCUAUUAAAUGGACGGCACCAGAAGCUCUCAAUUAUGGAAGAUACAGUUCUGAGAGUGAUGUGUGGAGCUUUGGCAUCCUCCUCUGGGAGACCUUCAGUUUAGGGGUCUGUCCAUACCCUGGAAUGACAAAUCAGCAAGCACGAGAGCAAGUGGAAAGAGGAUACCGAAUGUCAGCCCCUCAGCACUGCCCAGAGGAUAUUUUUAAAAUAAUGCUGAAGUGUUGGGAUUAUAAACCUGAAAACCGUCCCAAGUUUGGUGAACUUCAGAAAGAGCUCGCUGCCAUCAAGAGGAAAGCCACAUAGUAAUGAAGCCAUGUCAAGCCCAGCCUUCAGGACUCUGUCUUCCAGCAGAAUAAUAUUGUUGUUUUUCAUUAGCAAUGAGUUUAUACCACAUUACCUGCAACAGUCUUCUAAGGUUAUUUUUUUAUUGACUUAAAAAAAAAAAUGUGCCACUUUAGAAAAAGGUAAAAGACAAAUGCAUUCAGGAAAUAGUUCUACCAAGGGCUUUAUUAGUUAAUCACAGCAAUCCUGCCGUUUCAGGCCAUUGUAAAUAGAAAAGCACAGGCUCUAAAUGUGAGGGAUAACAGAUAAUCUUUUUCACAUCUGAGCCUGUUGAUGUUUCUCAAAGGUUUUCUACUUCAGGCACAGUUGAUGGGCUGCCAUCCUACCACACAGACACCUACGGGAUUGGUGCUAAAACUGCAUUGGCAACACCAUGCUUGCAGGACACAUUCCAAAGUUGGCUUUCCACUCUGCGACACGAGAUAUUUGUAAAAAUCAUUUUAUAUUGGUUAUUUGGUACCCCUAGGGUUUUCUUUUUUUGCCAGAAGUAAGCCCCGUUUAAGAAUCAUCAUGUUUCUGCUCUAUUAGUAAGGUUGUUUUUCCCUCCUCCUUUGUCCAAACAUCAGAAAACUAUGCAUGAAAUAUCCUCAGAGAGUGCACUCUUUGAGUUGAGGCUUUUAAAGGAUAUUAUAGAGAGCUAUGACAGCAGGAAGUUGAACAGAAGGGUGGUCUGGAGAAAAGAGUGGUGAUCAAAGUAGAGAAGUAAAGGAGAAUAUAAAAAGUCAGCAUUCUUACCAUAGUUAUGCCUUUAUAAACUGACACACAGCAUUUUUAAAUUUUAUGAUCUAAAUUAACCAAAAAGAUCCUAAGAAAAGUUUCAGGAAUUCAUAGAUAGGUUGCUACUAAGAGGGCGCUUUUAUUUUUAUUUAUUUAUUUUUUGUUUGUUUGUUUAGAGAAAGUAUAAAGCACAAGUCCACAGAAAUGACAAGCAGAAGUGAGCUAAGUAUCUUCACCUCAAAGGAGCCAUCCCCAAAUUUAGUUCCCUUCAUUCAUACCAGAUUCAGAAGCUGUCAGUAUUUCUUAUUCCCAGUUCACACACACUCAUGUGCAUUCACCCACACACAUACUACGGUACAGACGAGCAAGGCAGCUGUGAAUGAAGUCGAUGGUUAAGAAGUCAAGUGAGUAUCAGUGGGGAAAAAUUAAAUUUGGAGAAAGACAUGGGGACAGCCAUCUUGUGGCCACUUAUCCCUUCAUUUACCCUUACUCCAUUACCUGGAGAGUCUUGUCAUUUGCUGCCAGAUAUGUGUACAUAGUUCCAGAUGUGUCCAUGUGGAUAAAAUGUGCAAGAGUUAAAACUAGGAUUCUGUUGCGCUGAAUCUUGGGUGCAUCUAGGAAACUUCCCCCAUGUCCUCUAUGUAGUUGCCUCAGGAUAAAUAAGUAUAAGAGAUGAUCACUCUCAAGGGUAAGUGUGGCAUGGGAGCCUUUUACAAGUGCUCAGGCCCAUGUCCAGAUAGCACCUCCUAGGAUAUUUGGUUUACCUUAUUGGAAGAGCCUAAAGGAAAGAAAAUUCCUCCUGCCCUCUCUAGCUGUUUGCUGCGUAUGAGUAUCAGUACACACAACUCUCAUCAGUACUUUAAAAAGUAUAAAGGAUGAUGCUGAAGAGAAAAAUAGCUUGUGUCUAUCAUUUCAAUCUCCUUGCAAGUUUUGUACACAUUUAAUGAUUACUACAUUCAGACUAAAAUGAAAGAAUAGCUUGCCCUCAAAAAUGUGUUGCAGCAUACAAGACAGCUUUUUAAUCAGUGUGGUCUUCUCUUCUACCAAAUGUUAUAAAUAAUUGGACCUUCUUUUCAUGGCACAUACCCUGGUAAAUCAAAGCACAGACUUAUUAAGUGCUAUGGUCUUCAGGCAUUUGCCAGCCUUCAAGGAAGAAUAAAAUGGGCUAAUUCCACCCUUUUGUCAAUAUUCCCAAGUAAAUCUCUCUGUUUAUAAUAUUCUUUGUCUUCUUAAAGAAAGUAGCUUCUCAUCACUUAGCAAAUUCACUAGUAAGCCUCAGCAAGAAGAGAGAAUGAUAGUUUUGGCUUUAAUUUUGUGAACAAGCCCUGAAGCUUAAUCCUUGCAUUCAUGAACUGGCAUUCAUGAACCUGGCAUUGAUAUCUUACUCAUCCAGACUGUUAGGAUUUGCAAUCUACAUCAUAACCUGGGCUUAAGUUUAAAAAGCUUUUCAAAACAUCCUGACAUCUGCAGCACUUAAAUUCUAUUUUAGUCUUUGUCUCAAAGCACAGAGUGGUAUAGUUCAGGAUUAAUAGCUCAUUGGGAAUCUUUCAGGAUCAGUUGUACAUUAUAUUGUAUUUAAUAUAGGCACAUGCUUUAAGAAAAAUUUAUGCAAAUCAUUUUUUAGUUAAUUCUGUUGUAUUUGAGGCAUAAUUUAUUCAUCCCUUCUGUCACUGAUAAUUAUUGGAAUUAUGUACUUUAGGAAGCUAAUCCAUACCCCAAAAGCUCACAUAUGAAUACUAUUGUGAAUAUAGAGCCAAUUGAUACAGAGAAAGGAGGCUUCGGAGAUGCACAAAAUACUGUUACUUGCUUAGUAAAAAUACAGUUCUAACCAAAAUUGCCACUGGCCUGGAUAUAAUUAACUCAGGUCACAAAUCUUUGUGUUCUUAAUGAGUUAUCCAAGAGUUGCAUAUAUCACUCCUUUAAUAAUUCUUUAAAGUUAUGAGUACUGGGGGUACAGCCCAGGAAGUCUGACUCUGACCUGCAUUUAUAUACCUUCAAUCACCAACGAGCCUGAGGAAUAUUUAGGUAGUUCAUUUUUCAAGGAAAGAAAUUUUUAAUGUCAUUAAAAUAAUGUCAUUAUUACAAACAUGUGAAGCCUAAAUUAAUUUUGUAUUCCAUGUAAUCUAAGGUUACUUCCCAACACCAACUUACUUUUUUCUUCCAGAGAAAUAAAGGAUUCAGUUUGCUUAAACUUUUAAAAACAGGCUUUACUUCAGCCAACCCUGUCACUAGGUCCCCAGUGAAAGGUCUCAUGUAGUUGUUUCUUUUUUAUCUCUCAAAUUUAAUAUGGGUGAUAGAGUUCUGUCUAUAAUUCACCAUUUUUUUCAACAUACAAAAUUCUGAAACAUCUUACUGGCAGAUCAGUAUAUACCAUGAGCCCAGUUAUUGUGCAGAAUACAUUUCACAAUUGUUUUUCAUUUUAGAGUUAUUUUUAUUCACUUUGAAAGCAAAAUGUUUAGUCAUUGAAAUAGUUUUAGUUUCCUUUAAACCAUGAUGUGGUUUUCCUGUCUAUUAUACUCAUGUCUCAGUUUUGCCAUAUAGUUUUCUAUACUUUUUGGCUAUACCGCUAAAAUAAUACUUCACAACACCGUUGUUAGACUGUGUCGAGAAGAAAGCAUUUAAAUUAUAUGCCUCAUCCUGAAGACCUUGUCAUGAGAUAAGGAUAAAAAUCAGAAUGCAGCAAUACAUGCCUGGAUCACUUUUCACUGUUAUGCAGAGUUCUCAGUCACACCACUUUCUAAUUUGUUCCUUUGAGUCCUCAGAUGUUCUCAGAGUGUACCUGAAACCUUACUUAGUAUACACUGUGUGCCCUAUUUUGUGGCCACAUGCCCUUUGAAGUAAGAUUAAGUAAUAAUAUUUUCUGUCAAGGACUUGACUCAGCCUUCUUUUUACAUCUAUUCCCUUUAUCACACCAUUGAAUGUUUAUAUGUCUCAACAGCAGAACUGAUUGUCCAUAAGCAGUAUUCUGAGUCAUAGAAAGCCUGACUUGUACUUAGGAGGUCAGAGGCCUCACAUAGAACAGAGCAUAAUGCAAAAUAAAAAAAGCAACAAAGGGGCAGAAAAUUGAAAAAAAUAUAUCUUAUGUAUUAAUUAAAUGGAGUCAAAUUUUAUAUGCAAAUCAGUUUAUAUUUCCAUUAUACUAUUGAGUUAGCAUGAAAGUCGAUCAAAACAAAGGUGUCACCUCUUUUGUUAUUAAUUCCAGUUUGAUUAUACAUGCCAGAAUUGUUUUAUUAAACAUCUUAAUUUUA